CACACCGACCAGCCGACAGCCCCUGCCCGAUCCCCAAACCCAUCCACCGCGUCCAUCCUACUCCACCUCCGAACCAAGGAACCAAGCCAUGGAGCAUGGCGAUGCUGCCACCGGCAGCGGCAGCCGCAGCGGUGCGGGAACGAGCAUCCAGGUCACGGCUCUGGACGGCAUCGUGAACGUGAACUCUCUCUUCACCCUCGCCGCGUUCCUCGGCUUGGCGUGGCGCCCCUCCUCCGACGGGCCCGGCCUCGCCGACGGCGCCGACCACCUGGGCGCCUGCGCCGCCGGGGACCGCAUCGAGUCUGACCUCGUCUCCUUUCACGUCCUCGCCUUUGCCUGUUUCCUGUUCUCCAGCCUCGUCGCGCUCUGCCUCAAGCAGAUCGUCCGCACCUUUCCCCACUACCGCCGUGCCUCCUCCGCGGCCGCUGGAGCCGCCGUCAGCUGGACGGUGAAGAUCAACCGGGCAGCCCUCCGGGUCGGGAUCUUGGCGUCCGCGGUGGGAUCCGUGUGCGGAUGCGGGUUCCUGACGAUGGCCCUCGUCAACGUGGUGCAGGUGAAGCUCGGGCGGCUCGGCUGCGGCGCCGGCGGCUCCGCGGCAUGGGGCGCCGUCAUCCCGCUCGUCACGCUCGUGCCUUCCGCCAUGCUGAUCUACAUUGGCAUCGUCUUCUACGCCUUCACCCGCUAGCUGUAGCCGGAUCCAGUAACUCCACUUAAUGCUUCGUUUGCAUUUUCUUAUGCUUAGAUUAUGCGUCUGUCAGUCUGUGUGAUCACUGGUGAGAUGCAGUAAGAUUGCAGCUGAGUUAGAUUAUGCAGUAAGAUGCGUCUGUGUACGUGUAUCAGUGUGUUUAUGCUUGUGUUCUUGGUGUUCUUUAACACAAAUUUGGCAAGCUUAGCAUAGAGGUAGUUGUCAUUCACAAUUUUGGCCAGCUCAGGAAAAUGUCAUCCAUACCACUCGUUGCAUUACAUUGUUAUGGUUAUAAACAACAAUCUGUACAACCAGAAAAUAUAAGGUUCACAUUCAGUUAAA